GCGGCCCCAGAUUAAAUUAUCGAACAUCAGGACAGGCAGGGGGAAGAACUGGCAGAGCUGGACGAGCAGAGUGUCGGACAACAUCUGUCGGUGCGGAGAUAGUUUCGGGUGGAGGACAGGCUGCGUUUUUAAAACAUAUUUUAAUAAAUUUUCCUACUCAGUUGUGGAAAUGGGAGCCUUUAAAUAUAUUUUUCUUCUGGCUUGUGCUUGCUUUUUGUAUCAAGCGGAUGGACGCAAAACAUACGCUGACAUGUUUCCCCACAAGCACGCAGUAGCAGGAAAGUUUCCAUUUCCAAUCCCACCAAUUCCACCCAUCCCUGGCUGGGAUCCUGACACCAACCCUUGGGACGAUUACCUCUACCCACCACUUACCCCAAAGCCAAAGGAACUCAUGCACGGAAAAGGUAAACCCAAAGUUCGUCUGACCAGCGACAGCCCGGCUCUCAAUGGCUCUUCCAUCUCCUUCACUGCAAAGCUGGAGCAUCCUCCGUGCCAGAAGGAGGAUGCCAACGGGGACCUGGUCUGGGAUGAGCACUGUGCCGAUGGUAUGGAGCUGGAGGCCUCAGCUAAUGGUCAAGUGCGCUCCGGCUAUGUGUAUAACUGGACUUCCUGGUUGGAUGACUACGGCUUUGGAAAGUGUACAGACAAGAUAAAAUGCAACGUAUUCCCUGAUGGAAAGCCUUUCCCUCAAAGCAAUGACUGGAGACGCAAGAAUUAUGUCUACGUAUGGCACACAAUGGGCCAAUACUUUGAGACAUGUGAUGGUUCCUCUUCCAGCUUGACCCUCAACACCACAACCUUCCCUAUGGGGGCAGAAGUCAUGGAGGUCAUGGUCUACAGGAAACGUGAGCGCAGGAAGUACAGCCCCCUUACCACUGACAACAGCGUUUUCUACGUCACAGAUAAGAUCCCAGUGGCGGUCAACAUCUCCCAGAAGGCUGCGGUCAACCAGUCAGCGAAUGUUUUCUUCCGUGGUGAAGAUGUAGUCUUUAAUGUCAAGCUCCACGACCCCAGCGGCUACCUCAAAACCGCUGCUGCCAUUGACUACAUCUGGGACUUUAGAGAUGGCAACCAGCUGGUAACACACCGUGAUGUUACCACACACACCUACAGCACGCUGGGGAAAAUCAGUGUGAAGCUGGUGGUGGAGGCUGCAUUUCCUAUUGAAUGUCCACCUGCUGUUGCCACCCCAACUCCAAGGAGUACAACACCAAAACCUCCUACAAAGGCUCCCACACCUCCACCUGCUACUCAUGCUGUUACUAUCAAGAGGGAGACCACACAGGUGCCAUCCAGCACCACCCGUGCCUCCUACACCCCCAUUUCCACGACAACAGGGCUGCCCACCACAGAGUCCCUCCCCCCUAUUGUUGCCAGUCUUACCCCUGAGUCCAACCCCACCACCGCCCUGGCCUGGCUCCGCAGCAGGCGCCCGGUCAACAGCAAUGGGUGUUUUCGCUACGCCUAUGGGAGUUUCAUGGGUAACAUCAGCAUAAUUGAGCCCAAGCACCCAGUCAGCAGCCAGGCAAACAGCCGCAUUGUGGACGUGUCGGCUGCCAGAGUGACCAACACUGACAUCAACUUCCUGGUGAAAUGUAUGGGCAACAUCCCCACUUCAGCCUGCACCAUUGUGUCAGACCCCAGCUGUACUAAAGUACACAACAUCAUGUGCGAUGAUGUGCCACCAUCGUCAGAGUGUGAGGUGCGUCUCAGGCGAACAUUUCGGGAACCGGGUAUAUACUGUGUCAACAUCACUCUGGAGGACGCCAGCAGCUUGGCCCUGGCCAGCACCACCAUCACCAUCAACAAGUCCCAAGAUACACCUGUGUCCAAGACUCCUUACACUGCAGAGGUGGUCCUCUCUGCGAGUGCUGUGCUGGUGGCCGUCUUUGCAUUCAUUGCCUACCUGGUCUACAAGCGCUAUAAGGUGUACCGGCCCAUACGUAGGUCACUAGUGGAAGAUGCCUGUGUCCACGCUGGAGUCGGAGGUCGCAUGAUGCGCCUGAGGGAGACACUGUUCCCUUCCAGUGAGGAGAGUCAUCACCUUCUUACUGAGAGACGCCCCCUGUAGGCUUUCUGUGGCACCUAAAGCCAAACUGAAGUUUCUCUUUUCUACCUUUAAUGGCAAAAAAUACUGAAGCCUAUGCAAGAUAAAUCAUGCAAAUCUAAGCAAAUGCUGAAUCCUUAAAGAAUCAAAAUAACAGAAAUACAUUAAUCUGUGUAUGAAAAUAUUAGGAAAUAAUACUAAUGUCUUGUGUUGUAAUUUACUUGUUUAAGAGUGUUGGCUCCAGCAAAUGGAUAAUGCUACAGCAGUAUAUGACGAGUGAGAUGAUUUACUCAAGAAGUUGUUAAAUGUCUGAAUGAGGCACUGCACUUUUUGAUCUCCUUGAUCUAACUCAUCUGUGAAUGAAGAGGUUGCCGGGAGAUUAAUUAGGUUCAAGUGACUGUUUUGGAGGCUUUUUCAUACAGAAUAGAUGUGUGCCAAGAACUGCUUUACAAUUUUGUGAAUUAUCCUGUAACAAUAAUCCAUAAUUAAUUAUAUCCUUGAGAUUUUCUGUUUUAUAAAAUAUGUUUCAACUGAUGCUACUAGUAUCAGUGGUCUCUUCUUUAGUUAAAGGAAUUCACUGGGAACUUGGCAUGAGGCCCCUAAUAAAGGCUGUGA